AUGGCGAAGUUCCCUGAGGAUGCGAUGCUGUCUAAGGUGAUUGUUGCUUCAGAUGAGUACAAGUGCUCAGCUGAUGAGAUGAUAAACAAGCCGGUGCUGACAAUGCACGGCGGCAUUUUCAUUCUGGGAACGUUGGAGAUCGAUCACAUUGCAUUGCUAAAGGUUUACAAUACAUGGAAAGAGGCAAAUAAAUCGACUGAGUGGUGCUUCGGAAACUAUAUACAAGCUAGAAGCAUGAGAAGCGCAAAAAUUAUUCUGGAUCGACUUGAGCGGCUCUUGGAGAGGGUUGGAAUUGAGCUAACCUCAAAUCCCGUUGAUUUAGAGCCUAUGAAGGACAUUUUAUCUGGAUUCUUUGAUCAUUCUGCAAAGCUGCAACACAAUUCUUAUGUAACAGCCACAGCCAAGGACUAUCCGUAUACACCACAGCUCAUGCAGGGCUGGCACACAAGUGCUCCCGAGAUGGGUUUUGUACCGUGA